AUGGCUCCACCACGACGUGUUACCACUACUGCCGAAUUCAGAAGACUGACAAUUACAGAAAAGAUUAAGGUUAUAAAAAGGAUGAAGUUGUUUGAUAGAGCAACAAUAGUAGUUGACGACCUUGCUUUACUCGGCUACCGUACCCCCCUAAAACUGAAGCACGCUGAUAUCGAGGAGUACGUCCUUAUGAAAAUGCCAGAAGGUUCUGUUCGACAAGCACCAGAAGUAUGUGUGACCACUACGGAUCACAGAAAGGGAAUGACACAACGCAUUGUCUUUGGUGAGGGAUAUGAAAAUCACUUCUUCGGAAUGAUGAUUUCAGUAAUAAGAGGGAACCAGGGAGUGGUCAUCAGAUGCGAGAAGUUUCAAUGGCGAUGUACUCCCGAGAAUCAUAAAUGGAUAGAGACAGUCGUCAAGUUCCUUGAACCAGGCCUUCUGAAAACUAUAGUUUUAAUGGAGGAUUGUACUCAGAGCCUUCUGAAUGAGAUUUCGGUGACAGUACAGUUUAAGCAAUGCGAGGCGUUCAAAUUCAAUGAAAUCAAGAAUGGAGUUAAGUUGAAUUUGGAAAAGUUGAAGCAUUUUAAGAGGCUCGAAGUUGCUAUAAGGAAAUUCACCAAAGGAAACUUCGAGGAGUUGGUUGAGAAUUUCCGCAAACCACUCCCGGUUGGCAGCUCAUUCAUAAUCAAUACGAAACCUGGUGGUAUGACAUGGAAGAAUAAGACUGUAAGAUCUUCCGACAACAUUCAAAAGUUUGCUACCCAAACUGCCAACCAGAUUCUAAUUGUCAAAAUCGACAAGAAUCGUGUUCAAGGAGUCGUCUGUCGAGAACACGAGAGACACCCAAAGUUUGAUAACUAUAUUAAAGUGGAGAAGUCUAAGCGGAUUCCAGUGGUCCUACCGAAGAAUUGA